AGGACGCAGAAUACUGGAGGACUAGUUCAGGCAUGUUCACCGCCGCACGUGGAGAAAAUCACAGAUUUACUCGGUCGUUUAAUGAUUUGAAGCUGCUGUUCUGUCUGCGUUUGUCCAGUGUGGCUAUCUGCAUGGGUUGACAAUGGCCAUGUCCUCCAAAAGGUCUGAGUCCUCCUCACGGGGACUCCUCAAUAACUAUCGGUAUCUGUGCAAGAAAACCAUGAGGCUUCAAGGGGUAGAGAACCAUAAAACCAGAAGGAAAUUCGAGUUGAAGACCACAGUCUCCAGAGUGAAUUGGAAAAGAACUGAUCAGCAUAGCCAACCACUGGAUACAAAUCGAUCAGAAUGUGGCACAAAGCAGCAAACCGAAGCUGGUCAGCAGCACCGGCGUGUUUCCCACAGCUCUGCAUUUCUCCCCAAAGCUGACAGUCAAAGCCUGGUUUCAGCUCUGAGAGACACUUGGGAUGUGGAUAGCGGCUUCUCCGAGACGAGCCCUCCGGUCAGUGGGCGGAGCUCACCAUGUCUCAGCUUUUGCCCCACCAAGGUGGUGGCAAUGGACUGUGAGAUGGUGGGCACAGGGCCCAGCGGGCGCUGUAGUGAGCUGGCCCGCUGCAGCAUCCUGGACUAUCAUGGCAACAUCCUCUAUGAUAAAUAUGUCCUUCCAUGUCAGCCUGUGACAGAUUACAGGACUCGAUGGAGCGGCAUCCAACAGCAUCAUCUCUACAAUGCCACGCCUUAUGCCCAGGCCAGGGAAGAGAUCCUCAGUGUACUAAACGGCAGAGUGGUUGUGGGACACUCCAUCUUCAAUGACUUCAGAGUGUUGGAGAUGGAUCAUCCUGCUCACAUGAUUCGGGACACCAGUACAACACGUCUUUUGAGUUGCUUGGCUGGAUUCCCCGGCCGACGCUGCUCCUCCCUCAAGAAACUGGCCAGUAAGCUGCUCAACAGGAAGAUUCAGGUGGGGAAGAAGGGUCAUUGUUCGGUGGAGGACGCACAGGCAUCCCUGGACCUGUACAAGCUGGUGGAGGGCGAGUGGGAGCAGGAGCUGCACAACAUGUUGAGUGAUGAUGCACCGCAGCCCAGCUUCACCUCCUCCAGUCACUACAUGCAGGACGAGUACUGGCCUGAUGACAUCAUCGCUGAUAGCCCAUGAGAUGGCGGCGUGACCCCGCGUAGGAUGUGCAGCUGUGGAACGCACUGUGCUGUCUUGAGUAAUGCUAUGUCACCAUCAGUGCAGUUUAUUACAUCAGGAUCAAAGUGCUAAAUGAGCGACGUGUUGAACAGACGGAUGUGUUAAAGGGUUGUUGAUUCUACAGUC